GUUUCUUUUUUUUUGUUAGGCAGUGGUAUUUGAUAUCUAACAAUUUUUCAGUAUGUUGUAGGAUCAGGAUAAAACAGUAAUGCAAUCAACACAACGACGGGAUACAAUGUAUGAAGUUGUAGCCGAAGUGAAUGCAAUAUUUAUGGACUUUUCUCGUUUUCAAUUGGCACAUAAUACGAUGGUAGAGAAAUUAGAUACACCCGUUGUUAGGGUGUUAGAACCACAAUUCUUUCAUUCAACGUUACGAUUAGAAAAUUUAAAACGUCAAGCAUCUGUGCAAGCAAUUCGAAAUGCUAAACAUAUAGCGGAAGAUGUAGCUCGAACUGUUGGCUUACACGUUGGAAAACCGACGAUAGUUAGCGAAGAUAGUUAUCAAGAAAAAGAAGGUGUUCCACUAUCGAAUAAUGCUGAUAAUGUCAAUAAUAUUGGCAUGAUGCACACGUUUCAGAAUCUCGUCAAUGCACGCAUAGUCACUGUAAAUGUUUCAUUGAGUGUAACAUUUGAAUUGAAAGUACAAGAA